AGUUGUCAUUAGUGUUUGUUGCUAGUGGGGACUGUUGUGUUGUGUUGUGAAAAUGGCGACGCCUCGUCGCUCCCUUCAGCUUCUCUCUUCCCCGCCCCGAGGCGCCUCGCUCCCCGUCACCCCGCCGGGCUCGCCUCCGGCUCCGUCCGAUGAUGACGCGCCUCUUACCCGUGGAUCCGGUGCGGACAGUGUGGCAGACGGGGAGGUUUCCCCGGACCUGGCCUCUCCUACCACCGCCGCUGCCUCUCCAGCUUUGGCCUUUAGCAGUGGUGCUAGCAGCAGCGCUAGCUCCCCGACCACAACGGAGGGGAGCGGGACCAGUGCAGCUUCGACGCCUGACUACGGUGGUGGUAACACAGGCAGCGGCAGCAGCGUCCCAGGCUGUCCAAACGGAGCUUUCAGGGAGCUGUUUGAAGCCUGUCGGAAUGGAGACGUUUCGAGGGUGAAGAAACUAGUGGAUACAGCCAAUGUGAACGCUAAAGACAUGGCAGGACGUAAAUCGACACCCUUACACUUUGCUGCAGGGUUUGGACGUAAAGAUGUGGUGGACCACCUGCUUCAGAAUGGCGCCAACGUCCACGCCCGUGACGAUGGCGGUUUGAUCCCACUACACAAUGCGUGCUCCUUUGGACACUCUGAGGUGGUGUCCUUGCUGCUGUGCCAGGGGGCCGAACCCAACGCCCGAGACAACUGGAACUAUACACCUUUACACGAAGCUGCCAUCAAGGGCAAGAUAGACGUCUGUAUCGUGCUGCUGCAGCACGGAGCCGACCCCAACAUCCGCAACACAGACGGCAAGUCUGCGCUGGACCUCGCUGAACCAUCCGCCAAGGCCGUGCUCACAGGUGAAUACAAGAAGGAUGAGCUGCUGGAGGCAGCGAGGAGUGGGAACGAGGAGAAGCUAAUGGCCCUGCUUACACCGCUUAAUGUCAACUGCCACGCGAGUGACGGCCGCAAGUCCACUCCGCUUCACCUGGCGGCGGGAUACAACAGGGUGAGGAUAGUUCAGCUGUUACUACAACAUGGAGCAGACGUUCAUGCCAAGGACAAGGGUGGUCUGGUGCCGCUACAUAACGCCUGCUCCUAUGGACACUAUGAAGUCACCGAGCUGCUGCUAAAGCAUGGAGCCUGCGUAAACGCCAUGGACCUGUGGCAGUUCACCCCGCUCCAUGAAGCCGCAUCCAAAAACCGUGUGGAGGUGUGCUCCCUGCUGCUGAGCCAUGGCGCCGACCCCACCCUGCUCAACUGCCACAGCAAGAGCUCUGUGGACAUGGCGCCCACCCCUGAGCUCAAGGAGAGGCUCUCGUAUGAGUUUAAGGGCCAUUCACUGCUGCAAGCUGCUCGGGAAGCUGACAUGGCCAAGGCGAAGAGGAGCCUGGCGCUGGAGAUCAUCAACUUCAAACACCCUCACACACACGAGACAGCGCUGCACUGUGCAGUUGCAUCUCCACACCCCAAGAGGAAACAGGUGACAGAGCUGUUGUUACGAAAAGGAGCCAAUGUCAAUGAGAAGAAUAAAGAUUUCAUGACACCUCUGCAUGUGGCUGCAGAACGAGCUCAUAAUGACAUUAUGGAGGUGCUGCAGAAACAUGGUGCCAAGGUGAACGCGUUGGACACACUGGGUCAGACGGCCUUACACCGUGCAGCGCUGGCAGGGCAUCUGCAGACCUGCAGGCUGUUGCUAGGAUACGGGGCAGACGCCUCGCUGGUGUCGCUGCAGGGCUUCACCGCUGCUCAGAUGGGAAAUGAGGCUGUUCAGCAGAUACUCACUGAGAACGUCCCAGUAAGAAACUCAGAUGUGGACUACAGACUUCUGGAAGCUGCUAAAGCUGGAGAUCUGGACACCGUCAAGUCCUUGUGCACAGCUCAGAAUGUGAACUGCAGAGAUCUGGAGGGACGACACUCCACCCCUCUUCACUUUGCUGCCGGCUACAACAGAGUGUCGGUGGUGGAGUACCUGCUGCAUCACGGGGCUGAUGUGCACGCCAAGGACAAGGGGGGUCUUGUUCCUCUCCAUAACGCCUGUUCGUAUGGUCACUACGAGGUGGCUGAGCUGCUGGUCAGACACGGCGCCUCAGUCAACGUGGCCGACCUGUGGAAGUUCACACCGCUUCAUGAGGCUGCUGCAAAGGGCAAAUACGAGAUCUGCAAACUGCUGCUAAAACACGGGGCAGACCCCACCAAGAAGAACAGAGACGGGAGCACGCCCCUGGAUCUGGUGAAGGACGGGGACACGGACAUCCAGGACCUGCUGAGAGGAGAUGCGGCAUUGUUGGAUGCGGCCAAGAAGGGCUGUCUGGCCAGAGUGCAGAAGUUAUGCAGCCCUGACAACAUCAACUGUCGAGACACACAGGGACGAAACUCCACCCCUCUGCACCUGGCAGCUGGCUACAACAACCUGGAGGUGGCAGAGUACCUGUUGGAACACGGAGCCGACGUGAACGCGCAAGACAAAGGGGGGCUGAUACCUUUGCACAACGCUGCUUCAUACGGGCAUGUUGACAUAGCCGCCCUGCUCAUCAAGUACAACACGUGCGUCAACGCCACAGACAAAUGGGCGUUUACUCCCCUCCACGAGGCGGCGCAGAAGGGCCGCACUCAGCUCUGUGCUCUUCUGUUGGCCCACGGAGCCGAUCCCACCAUGAAGAACCAGGAGGGGCAGACACCGCUGGACUUAGCAACAGCUGAUGAUAUCAGAGCGCUGCUGAUAGAUGCCAUGCCACCAGACGCCCUGCCCAGCUGUCUGAAACCUCAGGCCACUGUGGUGAGUGCCAGCGUGGUGACGGCCGGCGCCACAGGAGGCGUGGUCAUCUCUCCCUCGCAGUCGCCGUCGUCCUGCUUGUCAGCGGCCAGCAGCAUCGACAACCUAAGCACGCCCCUCGGCGACAUCACGGUGGGCGGUGCCACGGGAACGGCAGAUGGAGCGUCUAGCUCAGACAGAAAGGAAGGCGAUACCCUACUUGACAUGACUAUCAACCAGUUCUUAAAGAGUCUGGGACUGGAGCACCUUCGAGACAUCUUCCAGAGGGAACAGAUCUCGCUGGACGUGCUGGCAGAUAUGGGCCAUGAGGAGCUCAAAGAGAUUGGCAUCAACGCUUACGGGCACAGACACAAACUCAUCAAGGGCAUCGAGCGGCUGUUGGGAGGUCAGCAAGGUGCCAACCCGUACUUGACGUUCCACUGCUCCAGCCAGGGCACUGUACUGAUCGACCUGGCCCCGGACGACAAGGAGUUCCAGUCGGUGGAGGAGGAACUCCAGAGCACCAUCAGGGAGCACCGUGAUGGAGGCAAUGCAGGCGGAGUCUUCAGUCAGUACAACAUCAUCAAGAUUCAGAAGGUGGUGAACAAGAAGUUACGAGAGCGAUACGCACACAGACAGAAGGAGAUAGCAGAUGAAAAUCACAACCACCACAACGAGCGCAUGCUUUUUCAUGGUUCUCCCUUCAUCAACGCCAUCAUCCAUAAAGGUUUCGACGAGCGCCACGCUUACAUCGGCGGCAUGUUUGGCGCCGGCAUCUAUUUCGCAGAGAACUCCUCCAAAAGCAACCAGUACGUUUACGGGAUAGGCGGGGGCACGGGGUGUCCGACCCACAAAGACAGGUCUUGCUACGUGUGUCACAGGCAGAUGUUGUUCUGCAGAGUGACCCUGGGGAAAUCCUUCCUGCAGUUUAGUGCCAUGAAGAUGGCCCAUGCACCCCCCGGGCAUCACUCAGUCAUUGGCCGGCCUAGUGUCAACGGACUGGCCUAUGCGGAGUACGUCAUCUACAGAGGGGAACAGGCUUACCCAGAAUACUUGAUCACAUACCAGAUUGUUAAACCAGAGAGUGUGGCCACGCCCGCCACCACUGCCGAGCAGAAGUCCUAACACACUCGUCCCAGCUGGAUCCGAAGGCCGAGAAUGUGAGCCGUUCUCACGAGAACGCCCCCUGAGCUGGCGGCGUUUUUUUGGACACCUCUGAGCCCAACCAAGUGCGAACUUAAAAGGCAGAAGAGGUCACAGCGGCUCGAUCAAGCAGACACAGCGAGAUGAUGCGCCGGUGUCUAAGUGCUCAGUGGAUGUCACCGAGCAAAGAGCGUGUGCAUUUUGUUACGUGUCUUUACCAAGCAGGCAAAGUCAAGACCAGAAGGGAGAGCAGGCCACCAUGUGACAAAUAAACACAAGGACCGCAUUGCAUUUCUGCUGACCUGAUCCUGUCACCUGAAGAAGAACAACAGGCCUUCAAAAAAAAGACUUUUGGAGUUUCAUUCUCAGUCAUAACAGUUGGCUACUUUUGAGAGAAACCCAAAACAUGUCCACAUGGGGUAUAAAAUGUUACAUCACAUUUAUUGUGUCUGAUUGUUCCCCACUUGGAACCACGUGUUGUUUACAUUAAACCUCUUCCUCUUAGCACAUUUCCUCUCCGCGUGGAACAGUGGACGCCCCCCAGUGGUGCAGCCGAGUAGUGACGACAGACAAACCAUUCAUUCGUCGCGACGGAGCAAGUCAAAGUAGCAAAUGUGCGUUUAAACAUUCACCAAACCUAAACCACAUCAUGUUGGACUACAUAAGGAACCCAGUGGGAUAAAAGUAAGAUUUAUUCUACUCUUAAACGAUCUAAAAAUGUGCUUUUCUUCAUUUUGAUUCCAGCUGAUAACCUCUUAACAGUUGGCUAGCAUUGUAGCAACUUGCCAGCUAACCGAACACUAAAUCCAUGUUAGUCCUGAAUUCAUAAAAUGUAUCGAAAAUAGGCAGCUGAAACAAAAAUAAUUUUUACAAAUGUGCCUGAGGUUUACAAAUGUCUGUUUUUAACUGUGAAUUUCUUCCAGUGAACCAGAAUGGCCUCCCAAGUGACUUUACUGUGACGCAGGUAUUUUUUCCCCCACGCCAAUUGGCAUAGAAAAUAAUAAUUCUACAAAUUUAAAAAAUAUAUUUAAAACCUGCUAAAGUAUGUCAAUAAUACAUUUUGGAAAGCUCACACGAGUAAAUAUUUUUUAAAAAUCCAGUAAUUAAAUAAUUGGCAUUCACAUUGACUUCAAAUAUCCUAAUGAUAGUUUGUAACUUUUUUUCUUUAAAUGGACCCUCAAUAUUCAAAAAGUUUUGUUCAGCUUUGACAUUUCAAGUUUAUUAUUUAUGACUGAUAUGAGUUGGUACAAUGUUAAAGGCGUCUGAAUGUCACAAUAUGUGCAGAAAGUGGCAUAUUUUUUGUUUUCCCAUUAGAGAGCAGCAAAUACAAGUAAUUGCUUACACUGGAGAGUUACGAACACGCACUUUUAGUACGUAACUCUUCGUUUGUCCUGUGGAACACUUUUUAAAACAUGAAACAUUGUUUUAUAUCUAUAUUUGCGUCAUGUAUGAGCUGGUGUGCCUGGAGGUGCCAGUUAGCCUUCCUGUUGUAAAUAGUCAUACUGUGGUUGGAACGUUGCUCACGGGCAAAAGUCACAUUAAAAUGACAUUUUUCUGUUGUACAACUGUUUGUACUUCACUACUGGCCACAUACAAUUCUUGUAAGAAAAAAUAUUAAUAAAAGAACUCCACUCCG